UUUCUACGCCGGGGAAGAGUUCGCUAUAUAUAUGCUUUUUGUAUGAGAGAGUCCGCUAUAUAUUCGAAGCCACUCGGUUGUUUCAUAGAACCCUAAUACGCGCGGAGAGCUUUUUCAAAUGCGAUCAUUGUUCGACUACUGAGAGAAGAGAAAAGAGCUUCGUUCCGGUUUCGAUCGAUCGUGGAGAAUGCCUUGCGUUCCUCAUCCUGGAGAAGUCACCAUCUGCGAGAUUAAUCGCGAUUUGAUUACUGCGGAAAUUCUCUCUAAUGAGCGAGCCAAGGAGACCUACGGCAAAGUUCUCGGAAUUGUAUUCAGUCCUAUUCCUUUUCAACCGGAUCUUCUUCUGCCCAAUCAAGAGCAAGUUUCAGAACAGGAACAAAGUGUUGCCAUUUCGAGAAGUGCUUUACAUGGUUUGAAAGCAAGCAUAACUGAUUCCUUCAAGCGCAUUUUCUUUCCCAAUGACUUGAAUAUGUUAACAGAAGUUGAUAUUCAAGGAGUUAGUUGGCAUCCACAUAAACACUGUCUAGCAUUUAUAUCUGCACCAAAUCAAGUCACAGUUCGUGAUUAUGAGGAUUCAGAUGGUAAAGAUGCAUGUAUUUUGACCAGCGAAUCUCAAAGAGAGAUUAAAACACUUGGAUGGAGGCCUAACAGUGGCAAGAUGCUCUCUGUUGCAUGCAAGGGUGGAAUAUGCAUUUGGUCAGCAUCUUAUCCAGGUAAUGCAGCACCUGUGAGAUCUGGAAAUACCUCAUCCCUUGGCACUAUUUCUAGAGGCGCUGGUGUUCGUUGGAUCCUGGUCGACUUUCUUCGAAGCCCAAAUGGUGAACAAAUAAGUGCACUUUGUUGGGAUCCCAAUGGAAGAUAUUUGGCAUCGGCCUCAUGUGAGAGUUCAUCAUUUACGAUAUGGGAUGUUUCUCAAGGGGUUGGAACUCCAAUUCGACGUGGAUUAGGCAGCAUAUCAAUGCUUAAAUGGUCACCAAGUGGAGAUUAUUUUUUGACCACAAAAUUCGAUGGAACAUUUUACCUGUGGGAGACCAACACAUGGACAUCAGAACCUUGGUCUUCAACUAGUGGAUAUGUUACUGGAGCUACUUGGGAUCCAGAAGGGCGUAUGAUACUGGUUUCAUUCUCUGACUCAGCUACAUUAGGUUCAAUCCACUUUGCAUCAAAGCCUCCUUCAUUGGAUGCUCACCUGUUACCAGUUGAAUUGCCAGAAAUUUCCUCUCUGACUGGCAGCCAGUGCAUUGAAAAAAUAGCUUUGGAUGCCUCUGGCGAGCGAUUGGCAUUGUCAUACAAAGGUGGUGCUGAGAUGUACAGUGGUCUUGUUGCAGUAUAUGACAUUAGAAGGGCACCGCUUGUCUCAGCAUCAUUAGUUGGGUUCAUUAGAGGGCCUGGAGAAAAGCCAAAACCACUUGCAUUUGCCUUCCAUAACAAAUUCAAACAGGGGCCACUGCUCUCUGUGUGUUGGAGCAGUGGCUGGUGUUGCACAUACCCCCUCUUAUUUCGAUCGCAUGUACUUCCUUAACUGUGCUGCUUUGGUUGUGGAUUUGUUACCUGUAAUGUAGUUUUGUUGACAUGGUACCACAGACUGGAUGAUCUGAAGUACGAUCCGGCAAUUGAUUCCUGUAACUUGAAAAAACGUGAGGACCAUUGUGCAUGCCAUUAUGGAUCUUCAAGAUAUGGUUGCCAUGCGUUGAUGAGUAUGGCUUGGAGCAAACUGAGAAAGGGAAGAACAGUUACAAGUCGAGGGAUUUUAUAUUUUUAUGUUAGUGUAUAUCAGAUCUUUGUUACAGGAGAGCGAUUUGACAUCUUAAGUUGGAGAGCCAUUGCUACCAGCUGUUGGUUGCCCUUUGAGUCUCUUUUAGAACAAACUCCUGUUGUUAGAGGGUUCUUUUAGAUGCUCUAUAAAAACAAGAAGUAAUAAUCUAUCUUUUUGGCAUUGCUGUUCGACAA